AUGCUGUUCACCACAUACAGGGAUAACCGGAUUCUCCCAGUUUUCAUUAUUGCCAUAUGUCUCGUGCUGAACUACUCUCUCCUCAAUUCCUCCGUGGAAAGAUUUGGUACAGUGAGGUUACCUGUUACUCACCAACCCGUAUCAGCAACAAUCCCCAUUCCGAAGCCCUCCGACCGAACGCAGCAAACGCAUCCCAGUAGCCAGGCAAAACUCGAGGGUAGCGAUGUUCUCUUGAUCUUGAAGGCUGGAGGGACAUCGAUGUACUACCGUUUUCUCAUCUACUUGGCCACCAGUCUGUCCCCAGAGAGAAUUAAUCUGGGCAAUGUUGUGAUAUGCUUGGAUUGCAAGGAGACUAUCGGCAACUCUACAACUAUUGACGUCCUCGAAAAUAUGACGACAGCUACCAAGUCACAUCCCGCCUUCGACGUCUACCAUGCAGUGCCGCAAUACGUUGAGAAUAACGUCUAA